CUCGUCUCGUCGACGAUCGUUCGCACACGUUCUUUUUACUUCUUUCGCUUCCGCCGAGUUCUUGUGUGAAACACAUACAAGAUGGGUAAGCCCCGUGGUCUUCGUACUGCUAGAAAACAUGUUAACCAUCGUCGUGACCAAAGGUGGGCCGACAAAGACUACAAAAAGGCUCAUUUAGGAACCAGGUGGAAGGCCAAUCCUUUCGGAGGUGCUUCUCACGCUAAGGGAAUCGUUUUGGAGAAAGUUGGCGUAGAAGCCAAACAGCCCAACUCUGCCAUCCGCAAGUGUGUCCGUGUCCAAUUGAUCAAAAAUGGCAAAAAGAUCACGGCCUUCGUACCCCGGGACGGUUGUUUAAACAACAUUGAAGAGAACGACGAAGUCUUGGUUGCAGGUUUCGGUCGUAAGGGUCAUGCCGUUGGUGACAUUCCCGGAGUCAGAUUCAAGGUUGUUAAAGUAGCCAAUGUUUCCUUGUUAGCUUUGUACAGAGAAAAGAAGGAACGUCCACGAUCAUAAGUUAAUUUUUCAUUGAAGAUAAAUAAUAAAAAAUUGGUAUUAUGUACUGGAGAUAAAUUAAUAUAUAGUAUUUGUACCAAGCACAAA